UGUCUAUGCUUUGUGGCUUUUCUACAUCUGGAUUUCUGACCUCUAAGCCGGCCUCGGGGUGACUGUGAGGGGUUGAGCCAGACCGAGUCAUCUAUACACCCUUUAAUUUUCUGACCGAUGGCUGGUUGUUUUGUGCUCCCGGUGAGUGGAGCUCAUUGACAAUGCGCUCGGUGAAACCGACGCAGUCCCCAGAGCCAUCACUCAUCUAAUGACAGUCUUGGUUCGUGAUAACAGCCUGAGGAUCGAACGAAACAGUAAUUAGGAGCCUCGGGUGAAGGUUGAUGAGUCGAUGGACGGCUUAACCCGGUCCUCGCUUCGGUGGUAUAUAAAGAGGUCUGAGAUAAGAGAGCUGCAGACGUUGGAGGACAGACUGUAUUCUGCUUUGGGGAAGAAGCUGCUUGGGAUGUAGCGAGAGAAAUCUGCUGUUGGCGUCUUCAUUCAUAAAAGGCGACUGCACCGCUGAAAGGCCCUGCUGCUGCUCUCUUCUUCUUCUUCUUCUUCUUCUUCUUCGGUGCUCCUCCCCUGACUUCCAUCUCCCGGCUCCCGGGGAACCUGUGGGCAUCGCUCUGCACGCUCGCAGCCUUAGACUCGCCGUGUCAGACGCUUUACUCACCGGCUGGUCUCCGCAGGGAAAGGAGAAACAUCCUCCAAUCACUGCCAGUGAAUCACCGCCAUGCUCAUCUGGUCCCCUCAUGGCCAGGCCACUAUGACCGUUAACCUCGUCCUCUCCCAGCCAGCCUUCGUCCUGGCCCUGGCCCUGCUGCUGCUCUGCCCCACGGGUCCGGUGACGGGUCAGGUGACGGGUCAGGUGGAGAGUCGGACACAGUCACCGGCCCAAGUGCUCCAGGACCUGCUGGUCCGCUUCGGGGACAACGGCACGAUCACGGUGCCUCAGCUGCGCUCUCUCCUGGCCGUCCUGAGCCAGGGUCAAAAUGAAGGCGACAGCGACAGCAGCAGCAGCAGCAAUGAGGCGGAGACACCACCAACUACACCUUCUAAAUCCAACGGCUCCAAGUGCUUGCCUGCUGACACGCUGGCCAUGUACAGCUUCAGCGAGCAGUCACAGCUGGAUGGACGAGGUUUGCAGGAACUGUGUCCAACCAUGCUGCAGCAGUUGGAUGCUGGCACCUGCAAGGCACAAAAGCAGGAGGAGCCUGCAGACGUCUCCCCGAGGCCCACGGAUGCUGAGGUGUGGGGUUAUGGGAUCCUGUGUGUCACACUGAUCUCUUUGUGCUCGCUGGUCGGGGCCAGCGUGGUGCCCUUCAUGAAGAAAACCUUUUACAAGCGACUGCUGCUCUACUUCAUAGCCCUGGCCAUUGGCACGCUCUACUCCAACGCCCUGUUUCAGCUCAUCCCAGAGGCCUUUGGUUUUGACCCCAUGGUGGAUUUCUACGUGUCCAAGUCUGCGGUGGUGUUUGGAGGCUUCUACCUCUUCUUCUUCACCGAAAAGGUCCUCAAGGUUCUUCUCAAGCAGAAACAAGGGAGCCACGGCCACAGUCAUUACCACGGUACAGAUCGUUACUCUACACCUGAUGGGGACGUGGAGGAGGGAGAGAAGGAGAAGCUGCAGCAGAACGGAGAAGCCAGCAGUUUGGCUCUGGGCAAGGUGGACGCAGGGGAGGGAGAGCUUAUGCUCAGCCCCGCUCAGACACCACAGGACUCCCAGAGUCCAGACAGCGCGGCUCGCUCCGGCGGCAGCGGCGGCGGCUGCUACUGGCUGAAGGGGACGACCUACUCUGACAUCGGCACGCUGGCCUGGAUGAUCACGCUGAGCGACGGCCUGCACAACUUCAUCGACGGCCUGGCCAUCGGCGCCUCCUUCACCGCCUCCGUCUUCCAGGGCAUCAGCACGUCCGUGGCCAUCCUGUGUGAGGAGUUCCCCCAUGAGCUGGGAGACUUUGUGAUCCUACUGAAUGCCGGGAUGAGCAUACAACAGGCCCUGUUCUUUAACUUCCUGUCCGCCUGCUGCUGCUACCUAGGCAUGGGCUUCGGCAUCCUGGCGGGCAACAGCUUCUCCCCGAACUGGAUCUUUGCCCUGGCGGGAGGAAUGUUCCUCUACAUCGCUCUGGCAGACAUGUUUCCAGAGAUGAACGAGGUGAGUCGCGAGGAAGAGGACGCCGGCGGCAGCAGCUUCCUCCUCACCUUCGCCAUCCAGAACGCCGGCCUGCUGACGGGCUUCGCCAUCAUGCUCCUCCUCACCACGUAUUCGGGACAGAUCCAGCUGGCCUAGGACCGUCCCAGAUCCUCUGAAGCAGCACCAGCCGCUUGGGUCAGCGGGAAACAAAACCGGGGGGGCCGGGGGGGGAUUUUUAGCUGGUGGACCCUGCUCUUUACCUUCCUCCUUCCUCUCAGUUUUCAGGACCCUGGAGUUCGAUGGGAGUUUGAUUGUGCGGCGGGUACGCACAAUGUUUAAAAAAAAAAAAAAAGAAAGAAAAAGAGAAAGUUUGAGUAGCUGUUCCCACAUGCACAUGUAGAUUAAGGUCAAAGAGGGUGUCGGUCUUUUUUUUCCCCCCCUCAACCGUCUCAUCACAGCUGCUCCCAUUAAAACUGUAAAAACAUCUGCAGAGACGAGACUCCUUAGCUGAACAAACUGUGCAAUACUCACCCAUUCAACCUGUCCUCCAGACUACUGAUCGGCCAGUGUUUGCUCCUGCUCUUUCGUCGUUUUCUCCCGUUGAUGUGACUCAGCUUGGGCCUGUUGAGAUUCAGUACAUUCAGAUCCUCUGUGAGAAGCACAAUCAGGUUAAAACAGUGGCUGACCCGUUAUUUUCCAUUCCAUACCAAAAAAAAAAACAACAAAAAAAAAUGAAAAACUAAUCUUUAAGGACCUAAACUGGAGUUAUUCUUAACAAACAACAAACUGACUUUAAGCUGUUGUUUGUGUGUUGUUGUUGUUUUUCUAUUUUUUUACUCAUGGAAAGCAAAAAGACUUCUGAAGACCAAAUACGGGCAGAUCACAGAGAACGGUGAAGGGCUACGAAGUCUGGAUUUCUGAACAUCCUCCUCCUGCGGUUUCUGACGAACGCACGCAGAUCGCACGUGUAAAGUCUAGAGUUCGAUUUCUGUGGCUUUAUCCCGUUUAGCAGAGUCCACCAACGUGUGCCCUUCAUUGUUCACUGUAUUAUCGAAUUCAGAGCCUCUGCAAUAUUUUCUCCCAGAAUUCUCUAUUCUUUUACAGUCUAGUUGUAGUUUUUAAACAGAAUACUGUAAGCUGACUCGUAUAAGAACGCACACUUUGCCCACUUGUCUGUGACGCUGUCCGUAUUAAUCAUUUAUAAACCGACAUAUUAGGUUAUAUACUGCAUCUUGGUUCUUACGGUGUUAAUGACAAACAUCUUAUUCCCUCCGAGUUGAGCGGUAUGGCCAAAAGUAUACGGACACAUCAUCCUAUUUUGUACUUCAGGAUUUCUCCGAACUUCCUUUUAUGUGGCAUUAUUAUACUCAAGCCGCAGAGGUAAAUAAAUAUCUUAAGAACUGAUGACAUCAUUUACUAUACAAAUGCUAUAUAUUUAGUCUGCAGCAAAAUGUUUUUAACCUGUUUGCCAAGUUGUAUCAAGAGCUGGGACAAGUUUGGAGAUUGAUGCCUCAGGUCCAUUGAAGGAAAAUAUUCGCAAACGGGACAAUUUGUAAAUUAGUUCUUCAUCAUUUAAGCAGAAAAUGCAAACGUGUGUCUGGUUUCAGCCUCUCUCAUAUUAAUCUCCUGAGAGCCUGCUCCUGUCCUCAUAUGGGGACAUCAUGUUUUAGGUUAGUGGCAGCUUAUUCCGCUUCAUUUACACUUUAAUCCUCAUAACUAGACACCAGUCGGUGUAAAAACAUGAUGGUGAGCAUGUAACAAAAGGGACAAGGUACAAAACAUCAUCAAAUUUUACAGUUGAAAUUUGUUUAUUUAUGAUUAUUAACUUUUCUAGUUUUAUGUGACAUGCGAAUUGUAGUAAUCAGUAGCAACAAGCUAUAACUUAACUAAUUAGCAAGUACUCGAAGGACACCUGGACUUAAUUAACCCCUUGAGACCCCGCGUCCUUAUAUGGGAGCAUGAAGUUUUAGGUUUUAUUGAAGCUUAUUCUGCUUCCUUUAAACCCAUCGUCCUCAUUAGUGGACGAUUCAGUCUGCCAUCUAGUGGUAGCAAAGGUUAAAACUUAUUUAUUUAGGGUUAUUAACGUUUCUAG